AUCUUGAACAGAAAACGGAAAAAUGAAUAUUCGUUCAACGUGGAUUUGCUUUCCCUUGAGAUCUAAGUAUUUGGACAACAAAUGACAAUAACCCUCGAACCACAGCCAAACAUCCUUUGACUCAACUUUAACCAAGCCCCAUUAAAUCGCCCAGAUCAGAUCUCUCUUCUGUCAUUCAACAAUCAACCUCAGAUGAUAUAUUAGGAGAUGGUAGAGAGUAUUUUAGAUCCAGGAAAGGUUGAGAAUAAUUCAGAAAGUUUCUACAUUGAUACCACAAACGAAGCAUCUUUACUUCCGAGGGAUCCUUCGUUCUCAGGCUGGUGUGAAGAACAUAAUAUACCACAUUUGCAUCAUCAGUUUCAAAAUUCUGAAGCAAGUGUAGAAGACUGUGAUUUUGAAUUGCCUACUCCUCAAGAGGCUGAUUUAGGGAAAAGAAUGCAGCUGAAUGGAGGGAAUACUAUGUUUGAUGAUUCCAUACAUGGAAAAAGGAGUGGAGAUGAGAAGUAUGUGCCAUUUGAUAUUGAAAAUGGUUCUGGAAGGGAGAUAAGCUUAUCAAAUAUUGGUGAUGGCCCCAAAUUGAGUGGUGAUAUUGGAACAUUGUCAUCACAUUCUCGGAGCAAUGUUUCUGCCGCUGAUGUGUUGAAGACACUGUUUUUCAUACUGAUGUGGUAUACUUUCAGCACGUUUUUGACCUUGUAUAACAAAACUCUGUUGGGAGAUGAUAUGGGAAAGUUCCCAGCUCCUUUAUUGAUGAAUACUGUCCAUUUUACAAUGCAAGCUGUUUUAUCAAAAGCAAUCACUUGGUUUUGGUCCCAUAGGUUUCAACCUGCUGUUGCUAUGUCAUGGAGAGAUUACCUCUUCAGAGUUGUACCAACAGCUCUAGCAACAGCACUGGAUGUUAACUUGAGCAAUGCAUCCCUUGUUUUCAUCUCUGUUACUUUUGCCACAAUGUGUAAAUCCGCUGCUCCUAUAUUUCUCCUUUUAUUUGCUUUUGCAUUCAGGUUGGAGUCUCCAAGCUUUAAACUUUUAGGUAUCAUAAUGGUUAUCUCCGUUGGGAUCUUAUUAACAGUUGCAAAGGAGACAGAAUUUGAAUUUUGGGGGUUUGUUUUUGUUAUGCUCGCUGCUGUCAUGUCUGGGUUUCGUUGGUGCAUGACUCAAAUUCUUCUACAGAAAGAAUCUUCCGGUCUUAAAAAUCCACUUACCUUGAUGAGCUACUUGACUCCUGUGAUGGCAGUGGUGACUGCUCUUCUAUCCCUUUUGUUGGAUCCAUGGCAUGAAUUCAGGGAGAACAAUUACUUCAAUAAUUCUUGGCAUGUCACUAGAAGUUGCUUGCUGAUGCUUUUUGGCGGAACUCUAGCCUUUUUUAUGGUUUUGACAGAGUAUGUACUUGUCUCAGUAACAAGUGCUGUCACGGUAACAAUAGCAGGAGUUGUUAAGGAAGCUGUAACCAUAUUGGUCGCAGUUUUUUACUUCCAUGACGAGUUUACUUGGUUAAAGGGGAUUGGUCUUGUCACGAUCAUGGCUGGUGUCAGUUUGUUCAACUGGUUCAAAUACCAGAGGCUACAGGAGGGUCAUACAAGUGCCGACGACAUUUUGAGUUCACCCACAGCAAACGUUAAUGCAAAAUAUGUUAUCCUAGAGGAGUUCGACGAUCUAGAUGAGGGCACUUGACUGUUUCAGUUAUUGCGUCACAUGAAUUUUAUAAAUUUUAUGUUGGUGUUAUGAAGAAAAGCAGGUGUCACUGUUAAAUUGGUCUAUAUUUGCAAUAUUUACUGAUUUUUUGGGUGGGCAAAGCUUUGCCUUCAUUGUUGUUGCUUCUCAAGCAGGCCAGUGGUGAAACAAGUGCGCAUACAAUAAUUUGGGUUGAGCAAUGACGAUUCGCCAAUCAGCAUGGACGAGAGAAACCCAUUUCUAAUAGAAGGUUCCCACAAACUUUAGUAGUAACAACUUUGUCUCCUGUGUUAGAUACGUGCUUCAGAUUUGAUUAGUUUGAAAUCAUUUUAUUGUCGGUAGUUUUUAAGAUGUUAGGACAUUGAAGAUGCAAGUGGCAACCACAAACUGUAGUAGAUUGAGUGCUCCGUUUUUGUUUAUUCAGUGUGACAUAUCAAGCGAUUGUCGCUUUUCUAAAACGUCCAUUCAUCAAUAAAUAUAGGGAAGGCAAUUUGUGGGUCAUGAAGCAACCUACCCUGUUUCUUGAA